AUGGGAGACUACGGCAACCAGACCUCAAUUGAGGCCCUUCCGGCUCAGCUGCCCCUCGAGCUCAAGGCAAGUGCUUCUUUGUUCCCCCUCUUGACUGACGGGAUUCUUGUAGAUGGCGACCAGACGGCCGGACCUGCGGUCGCCGGCGAUAUGAACCAGGCACGCAUUGCCCUGGAGCUGAAGCCGCACGUCUCGGCCGCGGCUCUAGCAGGUUUCUGCACGCGCCAGGACGUGACACUCCUCAGCGUGUUGAACGUCGCGUGGGCAAUGGUGCUGGCUGCCUACGCCGACACCGAUGUCGUCCACGUGCUGUCGGUCCGCUAUGUGGCAGAGGUCCCUCAUGUGGGCCUGUCCGAAAUCACGAUCGACGACGGGUCGACCGUGCGACAGAACUUGGUCGAGCUGGAGCAGCGCUUACAGGCCAGUGUCGCGGUCCCUUCGGCGACGACUGUGACCGACCUGCAGAUCUGGACCUCCGUAGACGACCAUCCAGCUUUCAACAGCGUGGUGCUGUUGUCCGACGGCGAGAGCCCGGAGCGGGUGGUAGUCCAGGCUGGAAACUAUAUUGCCCUCCAAGCCCGGGCUGCUCAGGAUCAAGUAGCGAUCCAUCUGCAGGCUCCUAUCCACCUGCUCCCUGAGGCGCAAGCUAAGCACUGCGCGGCAACCCUGAGCCACGUCCUUGGGGAAAUCAUCCAAAACCCCGAUCGGCCUCUCCACGCAAUCAACUUGAUGAGUCCGUCGGGGCUCGAACAAAUCUCUCACUGGAACCAGACAGCUCCCGCCGUGGUCUCGCGCUGUCUUCAUCAUAUUGUGGACGAGACGGCGCAGGCCCGACUUGACGCCCUCGCCAUUGAUGGAGCCGAUGGCCAGAUGACCUACGCAGAAUUGCAAUGGUACUCGGAUCGGCUGGCGCAGCACCUGAUGCAGCGAGGAGUCGGUCCUGAAACGGCGGUCCCUUUGUUCUUUGAGAAGUCAAAGUGGGCCAUUGUGACCAUGGUCGCCGUGGUCAAGGCUGGGGGUGUCAUCGUGAACCUGGACGCCAAACAGCCACUGCCACGUUUGCGGGGCUUGCUCACCCAGCUUCAAGCGCAGUUUGUCAUCAGCUCCGUACAGCACGCCACGCUUUGGGUGGACGAGUAUCCUGUGGUGGUCGUCUCGGAAGACGCCCUCGCUCAACUGCCCACAAGCGAGGCUGUCGUCCCUCAUCUCGAAGUCUCACCGCAGAAUGCUCUCUACAUCAUUUUUACCUCGGGUAGUACCGGCACACCUAAAGGUGUCGUCGUGGAGCAUGAGUCUUUCCUCACGGCGGCGGCACAACAUGUACAGGCUGGCCAGAUUCUUCCUUCCAGUCGAGUACUGCAAAUGACACCGUAUACCUUCGAUGUGAGUAUGCUCGAGAUUUUCACCACACUCACCACCGGCGCCUGCAUCUGCUUCUGCAGCGAUGAAGAAGCGGCGCGUGGAAUCACGCAUAUUAUCAACUUCCUGCAAAUUACCUGGACCUUCAUGACGCCUUCGCUGGUGCGCUUGAUUGACCCAAAGGCGGUGCCCACCCUCAAGACCCUUGCCUUGGGUGGAGAAGGGCUCGGACGCAUUGAUGUAACGACCUGGGCGGAUAAGCUGCAAUUGAUCAACGGCUACGGACCAAGUGAGUGCUCCGUUGCGGCGACCAUCAACACUCCGCUGUCAUUGACUUCGGAUCCCGCCAAUAUUGGCGUUGGCUAUGGCGCGAACUGCUGGGUCGUGCAUCCUGAAGACCAUCAUCGACUUGUCCCCAUCGGUACUGUCGGCGAACUGGUCAUUCAAGGACCCAUCGUAGCGCGCGGAUACCUGCAUGAGCCCGCCAAAACGGCCGCCGUCUUCCUGGAUGAGACCCCAGACUUUGCUGCGCUGCUCCCACAACAGCCUCACGCCUUCCGUCUCUACAAGACUGGUGAUCUGGUGCGCCAGAACAGUGACGGUACCUUCAACUUCCUCGGACGCAAGGAUCGCCAAGUGAAACUGAACGGACAACGCUUGGAGCUGGGCGAGAUCGAGCAGCGACUGUCAGCUGAUGCGUUGGUGCGGCAUGCCCUCGUCAUGCUGCCUAAGGAGGGUCCCUGCCAGGGCCGUCUGGUGGCGGUCCUUUCGCUGCAUGCUUUCUCCCACGAUAGUCCCCGGGACGCGAACGUUCACGUUCUGUCAGCCGAGGAGUCGCGAAGCGCGCGCGCCAGUUUGCCGAAAAUCACUGCACGGUUGGCGACACAGCUUCCCGUGUAUAUGAUUCCCACCUUCUGGGUGGUGCUGGCAGCUCUUCCCUUCACGACUUCAGGCAAGGUCCAUGGUGUGGCUAUGACGAAGUGGCUUGCUGAGAUGUCCGAAGAGACCUAUAACGAGAUUGCCGGCGUGAGUGACGAGGGGUCUGAAACCGCACUCUCGAGUGAGGUAGAACUCCAGCUCCAGCAGAUUUGGGCCGAUGAACUGGGGAUCCCUGUCGCUGACCUCAAGGCCAACCGCUCCUUCAUUGCUCUUGGAGGUGACUCGUUGACGGCGAUGAAGGUCGUGGCGCGGUGUCGCAAGCAGCAGCUUGUGGUUUCGGUUCCCGAUGUUUUACGCGCUGCGAAUAUCGUCGAGCUCGCCGCACGCACCACCAAGGGAUCUGACACCUCGUCUGGGGAUGAUAACGGGAAUGGCAGCGACAAGAUGACCCGUUCGACUCCGGCCGGCCGCGUUGCCGCUCUCAAUGAUUCUCUCCUGACAGUGGCAGGACUCACUAGCCGCGACCAGGUGGAAGAUGUCUAUGGCUGCUCACCCAUGCAGGACGGUAUCCUGCUCAGUCAGGUCAAAUUCCCUGGCACGUACCAGGUCCGUCGCGUGUUGCGGGUGCAGUCCACUGGCGACGUGCCCUCUGUUGUCGAUCGUCUGCAACGCGCAUGGCAGACGGUGGUGAGUCGGCAUCCAUUGCUGCGGACAAUCUUCGUCGACGCAGAAGGUCAGUUCCGGCAGAUUGUCCUCAAGGAGGUCUCGGCCUCUGUUCAGGUAUGCGAGCGCCUCGACCUGACGGAGGAACAGGCGGUGGUUCAGUUCCUGCAGGAUCAGCCCAUGCCCAGCUACGCCCCCUCGGAUCCCCAGCAUCACUUUACUAUCUGCCACGCGGCCGGUGAUGCGAUCUUCCUCAAGUUCGAAAUCAGUCACGCUUUGGUUGACGGUGCAUCUAAUGAAGUGAUCCUCCGCGAACUGUCCCAGGCCUUUGAUGUGCAGGACUUCCCGAGCCCCGCUGCGCUCUUUGGUGACUACAUUGAGUAUAUCUCGGAGGCCCAAGCUGGCAGCAACAAUUCGCUAAGCCACUGGACUACCUAUCUGGCUGGGGUGCAGCCGACGAUCGUACCCAUGUAUCCUCCUACUGAGCAACAACAUGCCCCUAAGCAGAUUCGCUCGGUGCCAGUGCCUUUUACGGAGAACCAAGUGGCUGCACUGGUUCGACUUUCCGAGGCCAACGGGAUCACGCUGGCUAACGUCCUGCAGACGGCCUGGGCCCUGACUCUCCGGGCCUACACUGGAUUCGACGAUGUUUGCUUCGGCUACAUUGCCUCGGGGCGUGAUGUGCCCGUUGCUGGCAUUGAACACGCGGUGGGCGCCUUUAUCAACAUGCUCGUCUGCCGGGUGCGGUUGGACCAGUAUCCCAGCGUGCUUGAAGCAGUUGCUGGGAUGCAGGCCGAAUAUUUCGAUGCGUUGCCUCAUCAGCACACCUCGCUGGCACAAAUCCAGAACGCACUAAAACUGUCGGGCAUGCUUCUGUUCAACAGCAUUGUCUCGGUGCAGAAGGAGGUGACCGACCAGUUAUUGGGCGAGUGGUCGCUCUCGUUCCAGCCCCUCACUGAGGAUGAUCCUACUGAUUUCGACCUGACUGUCCAUAUCUACAUGGGCAAAGAGCGCGCGCAUCUGUCUAUCGGCUACUGGUCCUCGCUGUUGUCUGAAGGCGACGCCGCGAACCUGGCCAACACGUUCAGUGGCGCCAUUGAUCGUAUCCUCACGCAAGCCAACUCCUCAGCCUCUGACCUCGAUCUCUUCACCGAGCGGGAUCGCGAGCAGAUCUUCGCCUGGAACCAGGACGAGCCCGUCGCAGCGCCUGGAGUUGUCCAUGAAUACAUCUACGCUCGGGCUCGCCAGCAGCCCGACGCGCCCGCGGUGUGUGCCUGGGAUGGCGAGUACACCUACGCCGAGUUGGACCAGCUCUCAGAGAAGUUGGCCCAUCACCUGGCUCAGCUUGGAGCGGGUCCUGAAGUUUUGAUUCCCCACUGUUUCGACAAGUCCAGGCUCGCUCCAGUGACGAUGCUGGCAAUUAUGAAAUCCGGCAGUGCCGGUGUGGGACUGAGUGCGGCGCAUCCCCGAUCUCGGAUCCAGGACAUUGUGGAGAACUGUGCCGCCCGCAUUGCGGUUGUCGCUCCUCAGCAUGUCUCCGUUGUGGAGGGUUUGGUCGAGCAUAUUGUCGUCCUGGAUGAGGCCUUCUUCACCUCACUACCUGCCCCUACAGCUGGAGCGCAACUCCCCCAAGCGAAGCCGUGCAACCCCGCUUUCGUCUCCUUCACGUCGGGCAGUACCGGAAAGCCCAAGGGUAUCGUUCUCGAGCACGGCUCCCUCAUCACCAGUAUUCUCGCUCACGGUGUCGAGUGGGAGGUUAACCAGUCGGCGCGGGUGCUGCAGUUCUCUGCCUACGCGUUCGAUGCAAGUGUCUCGGACACCUUCACGACCCUGGUCGGUGGAGGUACGAUCUGUAUUCCCCAGGAGAAGGAGCGAGUGGAUGAUCUCGCCGGCGCCAUAAAUCGGCUGGGAGUGACUUGGGCCUUCUUGACUCCCCGUGUGCUGGGUCUGCUGUCCCCCGAGACAGUCCCUACCCUGAAGACUGUGGUUCUCGGAGGUGAGGCUAUCUCGCGCGAGGACAUCUCCCGCUGGACGGAGGCGCUCUCCAUCCGGAUUGUCUACGGGCCCACAGAAUGUACCAUCUACAGUAUGGGUACUGAACCACUUACAGCCGACAGCGACCCGGCGAAUCUGGGCCAUGCCGUUGGCACGCGGCUGUGGGUCACUGACCCGGAAAACACUGAUCGACUUCUCCCGGUUGGCUGUAUCGGCGAGCUUAUCAUCGAAGGACCCUUGGUGACGCGUGGCUAUCUUAACGAGCCUGAGAAGACCAAGGCCGCAUACCUGGAAGACCCUGUCUGGUUGCCCAAGAGAGCCUCCGGAGCGCCACGGCGGUUCUACAAGACCAGCGAUCUGGUGCGCUACUACCCCAACGGAGACCUGCGGUUCAUUGGCCGGAAGGACACGCAAAUCAAGGUCCGUGGACAGCGUGUUGAACUGGGGGAGAUUGAGCAUGCUAUCCUGGAAACCAUGCCUGGUGCGGUGCAUAUCACUGUCGACGCGGUGGUGCUGCCGCCUCAGACUCUUGUCGCUUUCCUGUAUCUGGGAGGUCAUAGUGACGAGCUGAUGAUGCCUUUGACUCCAGAGGUAACCGCUCAGCUGCGCGCCCUGGAGAAGUCUCUGUCUGAAACUCUCCCCAGCUACAUGGUUCCUAGUCUCUUCAUCCCCAUCUCUCACAUUCCCAUGACGAUUUCCGGCAAGGUCGAUCGCAUUGUUCUUCGUCGUUCUGUGUCGACCCUGUCUUCCGCCCAGCUGGAAAUGUAUGCGCUGGCUGAGCAGAUUAAGGCUGCCCCUCAGACUCCCCAGGAGAUCCAGUUGCAGAAACUAUGGGCUAAGGUUUUACGCAAAGAGGCUAGCACCGUGGGACGUGACGACAGCUUCUUCCGUCUUGGGGGUAACUCCAUUGGCGCCAUGAAGUUGGUGGCUGCUGCCCGCGGCGCUGGCCUCGUGCUCAGCGUGGCUGAUAUUUUCCGUCAUCCUCAAUUGUCGGACAUGGCGGCGCAACUUGUUUUGCCUGAAGGCGACUCCUCGUCCUCCUCGUCGUCCUCCUCUCCGUCCUCGUCGACUUCUCCACUUGCCUACACGCCCUUCUCCUUGUUGCCUGCAGCUAGCACAACGGAGAGAGAGAACUUGCUCGCGGAGGCUGCUCAGCAGUGCUCGAUCUCCCUCGAAGCAAUUGAAGACGUCUACCCAGCCACACCCCUGCAGGAAGGAGUCUUCCUUAUGUCGACUACUCACAAGGGCGCGUAUGUUGCCCCAACCGCCUUCCGCAUCUCUGCAGACUUCGAUCUUGCCCGCUUCAAGGCCGCUUGGCAGACCCUCGUCGACGCUCACUUCAUUUUGCGGACCCGGCUGGUCACUGUCGAAUCCACUUCUUACCAGGUGGUUUUGACCAAAGAGGCCUCGCAGUUGCAGUGGGAGCAUGCCGCAUCCUGCGACGAAUAUCUUGCCCGCACUCAGUCCCUCUCUGUGGUAGCAGGAGAUCCGUUGACGCGGUAUGCCCUUAUUCCCGCCGAGGACCAUUCCACCAUCUUCGUGUGGACCGCCCACCAUGCCGUGUUCGAUGGCUGGUCAGUGGGUCUGCUUUUCGAACAAUUGGUUCAGUUGUACAAGCAGCAAGAUGGUCUUGCCCUUGCUACACCGACAGGACCUUCGUACGCCGAGUUUGUGCAGUUCCUCGAGACGAAGACUGAUGCGGAUGCCUCGCGCAAGUUCUGGGCGUCGUUAGUGCCCUCCGAGCCUCCUGCUAUCUUCCCUCGUCUGCCCGCAGCCACUUAUCAACCCACCGCGAAGGCGACCUGCUUUCGCACCUUUUCCAAUAUCGUGCAGCCGGAGCAGUCGAACCUCACCCUGGCCAUCCUUCUGCGGGCAGCGUGGGCCAUUGUGCUCGCUCGGUAUACCGACGCGGAAGACAUUUUGUAUGGGCUCACUCUGUCCGGACGAGAUGUGCCCGUCGCAGGCGUGGAGCGUAUGGUCGGCCCUACCAUCACCACUGUUCCGAUGAAUGUUCACCUGGACGGGGAGAUGUUGGUCGAGACCUUCCUGCAGCAGCAGCAGGAUCAAAAUAUCGAGAUGAUGCGCCACCAGCACGCCGGAUUGCAGUCCAUCCGUCGCAUCAGUCCCGCCGCCAGUGCCGCCUCUGAUUUCACGAAUCUGUUCGUGGUGCAGCCUCACACGGACGAGGCGCCAAGUCUCGAACAGAUGGUCCAGGUCACCACUGAUAUGAGCCGGUUUGACCCCUAUGCCUUGGUUCUUGAGUGCAACAUGAAGGCCAACGGCCAGGUGCUUUUGGAAGCACGAUUUGAUGAUGUUGUUGUGUCCUCGGAUCAAACACAGCGCCUGUUGGGUCACUUUGAGCAUGUCCUCCAGCAGCUUACCACGCCAUCGACCCCGGACCGUCGGCUGAAGCAGGUCGAUAUGUUCAGCCCAGAGGAUGAGCGACAGAUUUGGGCCUGGAAUGCAGAGCCGGCCAAGCCGGAGAACGUGUGUGUCCACCAAUUGGUCACCGCUGCAGCCAAGCGCCACCCGAACCACGUUGCCGUCGACGCAUGGGAUGGAUCGCUGACCUACUGGCAACUUGACGAUAUGUCCUCACGCUUGGCUGAUUGGCUCAUUUCUUCUCACGCCCUCAAGCCUGAGUCCUUGGUUCCCCUGUGCUUUGACAAGUCCCUAUGGACCAUUGUCACCAUGAUGGCCGUGGUAAAAUGUGGUGGGGGAUGCGUGAUGCUUAAUCCUGAUCACCCGAUAUCGCGUCUGGAGGGCGUGAUCGUCGACACGGGCUCCUCCGUCGUCCUUGCUACACCGGACCGUGCCUCGCUCUUUGCAUCCGUCGCGGGCGUAACGGUGGUCGCCAUUGAUGAAUCCUUGAUCCGCAAUCUGCCUGUGCUCGACGAGACAGUGCGACCACUGCCUGUUAUCAAGCCCACCAAUCCGGUCUUUGUCAUUUUCACAUCCGGCAGUACGGGCAAGCCCAAGGGAAUCGUGGUCCAGCACAACGGAGUUUGCACGGUUGCGAUCCAGCAUGGAGAGGGACUGGGCUUCACUGGCAAAAAUCUGCGCGUCCUUCAGUUCGCUUCGUUCAGCUUUGACGUCAGCAUGGGAGAAGUCUUCAUCACACUCAUGAAAGGGGGUACCCUGUGUAUCCCCACUGAGGACGACCGCAUCAACAACUUGGCGGCCACUAUCAACCUCAUGAACAUUACCUGGACCUUUAUGGCACCCACCGUGGCUGCCCUACUUGAUCCCCGCGAAGUGCCUAACCUGCAGACCCUCGUUCUGGGUGGUGAAGCCGUCUCGCAGAGUCUGGUCGACCAGUGGUCCAACCAGCUACAAUUGAUCGACUCGUAUGGCCCGGCCGAAUGCACCAUCUGGGCCUCUCAUGCCAACGCCAGCGCCACCGUCUCCCCCGCCAACAUCGGUCGCGGAGUCGGCUGUCGUUACUGGGUGGCCGACAUUCAUGACCACAAUCGUCUCGCCCCAGUCGGUUGCGUCGGAGAGUUGCUGAUUGAAGGCCCGAACGUCUCCCGUGGCUAUCUGAACGAGGCCGAGAAAACCCGGGACGCCUUCAUCGAGAGCCCGGCCUGGAUGCAGGGUAGGGCGGAUGCCGAAUACACCUAUAAAUUCUACAAGACCGGUGAUCUGGUGCGGUACAUGGCGGAUGGCUCCCUAGAGAUCGCCGGCCGCAAGGACAGCCAGGUUAAAUUCCACGGCCAGCGCAUCGAACUGGGUGAGAUCGAGUUUCAUCUGCGCGCGAGCGCAGCUGUCGAAGCCGGCAUGGUCACGCUGCCCAAGACAGGUCUCUGCAAGGGUAAGCUCGUGGCCAUAGUGGCGUUGACGAGCCUUCAACCCGAAGCGGCAGAGGGAGAUCGUGUGCAGCUCGUUUUGCCGAAGAUUCUGCAGUCCCCCAAGACACAAUCACAAAUCCAGGAGAUCCAGGAAGAGCUUGGUGCGGUGCUGCCCCCGUAUAUGGUACCGACUAUCUGGGUCGUCCUUGAUUCGAUUCCCUUGACGGCUUCGCGUAAGAUUAACCGCGUGCCAAUUUCGCGCUGGGUCAUGGAUAUGUCGGAGGAGACAUACCACCAGGUGGUGGAUGCCACGUCUUCGGAGAGUGAUGAGCAGAAUCUGCCGUCUACGGCGCUGGAGAAGCAGCUGGCGCAGGUCUGGAGCCAUGUUCUCAAUCUUCCGCUCGAGGCUAUUGGUCUCAAUCGUUCGUUCUUGAGCCUGGGUGGAGAUUCCAUUACUGCCAUGCAGGUCGUCGCCCGUUGUCGCUCCCAGGGGAUUGAUUUGAGCGUGCAGGAUAUCCUGCAGCCCAAGUCGCUGGCUGGUGUCGUUGCUCGGGGUCAUGCGGCUAAGCCUCGCAGUGCUGUCACGCGAGAAGAAGUCUAUGAUGUUCCUUUUGAACUGUCUCCAAUCCAGCAGCUCUACUUCGAGGAUGUCGUGCCGGCAAAUGAGCGUCAACAACAUCAUUACAACCAGAGUGUUCUGCUGCGUGUGACCCAUCCAAUUUCAUCCUCGCAACUCUCUGCUGCCAUCGAAAAGAUCGUGAACUGCCAUGCGAUGCUGCGGGCUCGGUUCCACCAGGAUGUCGACGGAAAAUGGACGCAGCUGGUGCGGCGUCCAGCCUCGGGGUUGGCACCUGUGUCUGUUCAUGAUGUGACAAGUCGUGAAGCGUUGUUGGAAGUGAUCAAUGCCUCUCAGCGCCUGAUCGAUAUCGAGCAGGGUCCAGUCUUUGUGGUCGAUUAUUUCACUUUCCCGGACUCGCAGGGUCAGCUACUCUCACUCAUUGCUCACCACCUUGUCGUUGAUGCCGUGUCCUGGCAUAUCCUGGUCGGUCAGCUCGAGCAGCUGCUGCUGGCACCUAGCGAAGAAUUUCAACUUCAGUGUCAAAUGCCCUUCCAGAGCUGGGCGCACGCUCAGCGGGAGUACGCGGAGGGCUUGACAGCUCCGUCCUUGGGUCCUCAUGCCUUGCCCACCCCCAACCUUUCGUACUGGGGACUGAAGCGACUGCCCAGCUGGAAAGAUGGCGAGGAAUUGACCUUCAACCUGGAUACGUCGACCACGGCGCUUCUAUUGGCGGAGGCCAAUACAUCCCUCCGCACUCAGCCUGUCGACUUGCUUGUGGCGGCGCUCCAGCAGUCGUUCACCGAGUCUUUCCCUGAUCGUGCGAUGCCUGCAAUUUUCAGCGAGGGUCAUGGUCGUGAACCGUGGGACACUUCCAUCGAUCUAUCAGAAACUGUCGGCUGGUUCACAGUCUUCCAGCCAAUUCAUCGCCAUGUCCGUCAGCACGAGAGCGUGAAAGAAACCGUCAAGCGCACCAAGGAUGCUCGUCGCGCCUGCCCCGACCACGGCUUUGCGUACUUCACUGGUCGCCAAUUUCGACCAGCUGCGUCUGAACGCCACGAUAUGGAGAUUUGCUUCAACUACCUGGGUCAAGCGCAACACACUGAGCGCGCGGAUGCUUUCCUGCAAGAAGAGCCGCUGCGGGCGGGCGAGGUGAUCGACAACAUCGGUGAAGCUAUGGGCCGUCUGGCAGUCUUCGACGUCUCUGCGGCAGUUUCUCACGGUCGGCUCCUCGUCUCGUUCUGUUUCCCUCGCUAUCUGCAGCACCAGGAUCGCAUUCGUCACUGGGCGGAGAGCUGCCAGAAGGUGCUUCAGACUGUUGUGACUGAGCUGGCUCAUAGUGCGUUGGAAUACUCGCUCAGCGAUUUCCCGCUCAUGGCCAUUGAUUACGCGGAUCUCUCAACCCUAACCAGCACCGUCCUGCCCGGCAUUGGUCUGGCUUCCGACGCCGUUGAGGAUCUUUAUCCUUGCUCAUCCAUCCAAGAGGGUAUCCUCAUCAGUCAAGCUCGUCAGCCUGGCACGUACGAGGUACGCCAGCUGUUCGAGAUCGUCCCCCGCUCUGAUGUGGGCCCUGUCAACGUCUCGCAUUUGUUGCAGGCCUGGCAACGCAUUGUGGACCGCCAUACCAUUCUCCGCACCGUCUUCAUUGAGUCCCUGACUGGUGCCGGAGUCUACGACCAGCUCGUGCUGCGUAGCCAUCAGCCCAAUGUGUUGCAGCUUGUAUACGAGGGCGUUGAGGGUGGGAGCAUCGCUGCGUUCAUCCAGCGUCAACCUACUCCAGACUACCGUCAACCUGUGCCCGCGCAUCGCUUGACGAUCUGUGAAGCUCCCAACAAGACCGUCUACUGCCAGCUCGAACUGAGUCACGCGCUGAUUGAUGGUACCUCCAUGGCCCUCCUGGUCCGUGAUUUGAUUUCUGGGUACGAGAACACUCUCCCCGCAACACCGGCCCCACUCUAUCACGACUACAUGGCCUAUCUUGCCUCUCGCCCUGAGGAUGAAGCCCUGGCUUACUGGACCGACCGACUCGCCGAGGUCCAGCCCUGUCACUUUCCUGACCUGCAGCCAGCCCUGUCGAGCAAGGAGGCCUUUGAGUCGCACACAAUCCACAUCGACCGCGAAGGCCGACUUAAGCGGUUCUGUGAGGCCCAGAAUGUCACUGUGAGCAAUCUGUUCCAGGCCGCUUGGGGUCUUGUGCUUCGCGCCUACACCGGUCAUCCCGAGGUCUGCUUUGGAUACAUGGCCUCGGGCCGAGACAUUCCCAUGGCGGGCAUUGAGGAAGCAGUAGGACCAUUUAUCAACCUGCUCGUCUGUAAACUGGACGUCAGCGAUGCAGUGGAGGUGCAGGAACUGCUGCAGACCGUGCAGUCCGAUUAUUUGCAGAGUCUGCCUCACCAGCAGACCUCCUUGGCUAAGAUCCAGCACGCCCUUGGCAACCAUGACGUGGCUCUCUUCAACACCAUCUUGUCGCUUCAACGCGAGCCCCCGCAUGGUCCGCCUCCUCAACUGGAAUUCCGCAUCGUCGACCAGGUUGACCCGACCGAGUAUGACGUGGAUCUCAACAUCACCACCGGGGACGCAGCGGGCGUGGAGGUUCACCUAACCUACCGCACGACGAUGCUCAGUCAGAUCCAGGCCAACAAUCUCCUCCAAACCUUCACUAAUAUCUUGCUGGCCUUGACUGCCAGUGCUGAUCGGCGUCUGUCCAACUUGGAGAUCGCCUCCACCGAAGAGAACCAACCCUCCCGGGCAAUUGAGCAGGCUUGGUCGACGGCGGCCAUCAAUGGCCACGCCACUAAUCUAACGGCUCUUGAGCAGCAGGUUCAAGUGGGACUGCCAGUGACGCAGCAUGCGGUGUUAUCGAUCAUGCGUCACAGAUCGACUGACAAGGUGGCGGUGUUCGUCAUUGACCGCAGCAGGACACCACAGACCUCAAGUACGUCAUCUACGCUGCUGCUGCCUGUCUCGGAAUCUCAGCAGCAAUUAUUCUCGGAGUUGAAGUUUUCGCUCCGGGCAGCUCAGCUCCCGGAGCCUCUGCUUCCAUCUCUCUUCCUCCCUCUCAAUAAUCUCCCCUUGACCCAUGACUAUAAGGUGGAUCGUGAGGCACUGCAGCAGCUGACGAGCACCCUGUCUGAGCUCGAGCUGCAGGCUUAUUCUCUCGCCCCCGUCGCCGCAAAAGCUAGUAGACUGACAGCUAACGAGCAGCUCUUAGCUGACCUCUGGGUGGAGGUCCUGCAUCUGCCCGAUCCUCAGGGUGUCGGUCCCUCUGACAGCUUUUUCCGAUUGGGAGGAGACUCUAUUGGCGCGAUGCGUCUCGUGGCCAACGCCCGUAACCAAGGCUUGUCGCUGACAAUGAACACUAUUUUCCAACAGCCCACUCUCUCUGGCAUGGCCAAGGAGCUGCGGGUGUUGGCACCCCACGAGGACCGCCCCCUCGAGCCAUUUUCUCUGCUACCCACAGACGUGGAUGUUGAGCGCCUUGUUGCUGAAGCUGCCCAGCAGUGCCAGAUCGAGGAUUCGAAGUCCAUCGAGGAUAUCUAUCCCUGCACACCGCUGCAGGAGGGUCUCAUGGUUCUCACCAGCCAGGAUCAUACUGCAUAUGUGGUUCAGGAGGUGUUCUCACUGCCAGGGAACGUCGAUCUGUCCCGGUUCCAAGCAGCCUGGGAGGCCGUUGUCGCACGCAGCACAAUCCUGCGUACGCGCAUUAUCAACACCCCCGAGGGCGCUUUCCAGGUUCUGCUCCUAGAGAAGGGCAUUGCCUGGGAAUCCGGAGCUGACCUGUCCGCCUAUUUGGCCCGGGAUUCGGCCCAGUCCAUGAGCUACGGUCAGCCCCUGGCACGCUAUGCCAUCCUGACUACCCCCGAGCAGAAUCGUUACUUCGUCUGGACGGCGCAUCACGCCGUGUACGAUGGCCUCACUCUGCCCAUCCUGGCCAAGCAGGUCUCCGCCGAAUACAAUCAGGAGAUCGCCCUUCCCGAAGUGCCCUAUAAUCGCUUCAUUGAUUACAUUCAGGGCAUCAGCUCGGCCGCUGCCACCGAAUUCUGGACCACGCAAUGUGCUACCCCGGCUACAACGUUCCCUGUACUGCCGGGACGUAGUUUCCAACCCACUCCAGACCAGACCCAGCACCACUCGGUCUCGCUCACCCGCUCCCCCUCCGACAUCACUUUGCCGACUGUUCUGCGUGCUGCCUGGGCGGUUGUCCUGGCCCAGCGCACGGAGUCAGAGCAUGUUAGCUUCGGCCUCACGCUUUCUGGACGGAACGCGGCGUUGGCCGGUAUCAAUCAGGUCUUGGGUCCUACCAUUGCCACCGUCCCUGUACAUAUCCAGGUGCGCGAGAAUCAGUCGCCGCGGCACUUCCUCAGAGCCGUGCAACAGCAAGCCAUUGACAUGAUCCCAUUCGAGCACACGGGUCUCCAGAACAUUCGUCGUAUGGGCGAUGCCGCGCGUGAGGCCGUGGACUUCCAGAAUCUCCUGCUCAUCCAACCCGCCAGUGCGCCCAUGGAUGGCUCUGACUUCUUGGGCUUAACGCCUGUUGCGGUGGAGAAGGAGCAGUCCGAUCCCUAUCCCUUGACGGUGGAAUGUAACCUGCUCGAGAGCGGCGUUGAGAUCAAAGCUCAGUUCGAUAGUCACCUGAUCUCCCCGGCCGAGAUGCGCUCUAUUCUUCAGCAGUAUGCUCGCACGAUUGAGCGGUUCAAUGCAGUGCCUGAAGCAACGGAUGAUGAGAAUGAUGAGGAGGAGCAGACUCUGGAUUCAAUGGGUACACUCAGCCCGGAGGAUCUCCAGCAGACCUUGGCCUGGAAUGCCAAUCGCCCUCCGUACGUCAACUCGUGCGUGCACGAACAAUUCGAGGAACAAGUCCGUUUGCGUCCGGAUGCACUGGCGGUUUCCUCGUUCGAUGUCGAACUCACCUACCGCCAGCUCAAUGUCCUUGUGGACUCUUUGGCUACCGAGUUGCUGGCGCGAGGAGUUCGGUCGGAGAUGAAGAUUCCACUGUGUUUCACCAAGUGUUCGUGGACUAUUGUGGCCAUGUUCGCUGUCAUGAAGGUCGGUGGCGUGAGCUGCAUGUUCAAUCCGGAACAUCCCAGCAGUCGCAUCCAGUUGCUCCUGGACGAUCUCGAUGCCCGACUUGUUCUUUGUGAUCCUGAGUCGGCCAAGAUGCUGUCCACCCUGCUGCCAUCUGAAGGGGUUCUCCCCGUGGAUGGCGACUAUCUGCGGUCGCUUCCCCCGGCCACACCACUUUUACUCGAGGGUCUCGUUCAUCCCACCAACGCUGUUUUUGUGGUGUAUACCUCUGGUAGUACCGGUAAGCCCAAGGGCAGCAUCCUGGAACACCGCUCGUUAGUUACUGGAUUACUCGCCCACGCGGGUGCCAUGGGCAUCGGUCCAGGCACUCGCACCUUCCAAUUCGCCGCCUACACCUUCGACGUGUGCUUUGAAGAGAUCAUCGGAUCUUUGAUGCUGGGAGCCUGUAUCUGCGUGCCCAGCGAGGCGGAACGCAUGAACGCCCUAGCAGAUGCCAUGGCUAAGUACCGGGUGACGUGGACGGAGCUGACUCCCACUGUUGCCAGUCUCCUUCUGCCCAGCAGCAUUCCCACCCUGCAGACGCUGGCCCUCAGUGGUGAAUCUCUCACGCAAGAUGUUAUCCAGCGCUGGGCUGGGGCGGUGCAGAUUAUCAAUACCUAUGGACCCAGUGAAUGCUGUGUUUCGACCACCUGCAACCUUCACACCGCUACCCUACGCGAUCCCAGCAACAUUGGCCGGGGGUUGGGCUGCACGACUUGGAUCGUCGAUCCAGACAACGUUGACCGUCUGGUGCCCAUCGGUGCCGUUGGAGAACUCCUCGUCGAGGGUCCCAUCGUCGCCCGGGGCUAUCUGAACGAGCCGGAGAAGACCGCCGCUGCCUUUAUCUCUGCUCCGGUCUGGUGGCCUACAGACUCCUACCCCAGUGAGCGAAUCUACCGCACCGGUGACCUGGUCAAGUACAACCCGGACGGCACGAUCAAGUUCAUCGGCCGCAAGGACACUCAGGUCAAGCUUCACGGUCAACGCAUUGAAUUGGGCGAGAUCGAGCAUCGCUUGCGCGCCGCCUGUGCCGACGGCGAUGAGAGCAGCUCCCAUCAGGUGGCCGUCGAGGUUUUGACGCCCAAGUCCCGCGGAGGAAUCAAGAUCCUCACGGCAUUUAUCUGUGAGAGUGACGCCGUGGCGGACGACAACGAGGAGGGCCACUUCUUGCUACCUCUGGAAGAUCAAGAAGGAGGACGCCCGCAACGAUUUUGCGACCUCCAGGCUCGUCUCCUUGCUGUUCUACCACGUCAUAUGGUGCCCCAGCUAUUCAUUCCCGUUUGCCACAUGCCAUUGUCUCCUUCGCGCAAGCUCGAACGAAAGAGGCUGCGCGCUGUUGGAAAUGGCCUCACCCCCGAGCAGCUGGCCUCGUAUGCCCUAACUCAGGUGGCCAAAACGGCUCCCUCCACUGCCACCGAGACCGCUCUGGCGGACAUCUGGGCCCGUGUCCUAGGCACCAGCCGCUCUACCAUCGGUGUCCAAGACAAUUUCUUCCACUUGGGAGGUGACUCCAUUGCCGCCAUGAAGGCUGUUGCUGCCGCGACGAAGGCUGGUCUCCCACCGCUCAGCGUGGCCGACAUCACUCAGUCUCCGACCCUAAGUGCGAUGGCCGCAUCGAUGGAUCAUGCGUCCGUUCUUGCGCAGCAGGCCGGGGGCGAGACAGCAGUGCCCGUAGGCCCUGCUCCAUUCAGUCUACUCUCCCCUGAAGAGGUUUCAGCUGUCCUCGUUCAAGCUUCUACGCAAUGUGCGGUAGCCAUCGACGCCAUCGAAGAUAUCUACCCUUGCACUCCAUCGCAAGAGGCUCUCAUGGCGCUCACCGCGCGUGAUGACACUGCCUAUGUUUCGCGCUCGGUCUAUCGCUUGCCUUUGCACUUGGACCUCGAAAAAUACCGACAGGCGUGGGAGCUGCUUGCCCAGCGCCAGGCCAUCCUCCGCACACGCAUCGUCUACUCCGAGGAUGCGCGAUCGUUCCAGGUUGUGGUCCGCGAGCCCUUGGUGUGGCAGGAGCUGUCUGCUGACUCUGUGACGGCGUAUGUUACGCGCGAUCAGCGUCUCUCCAUGCGCCACGGCCAGCCCCUGAUGCGAUUUGCUCUCCUAGCUGCUGAGACAGGUGACGAUUCUCGGCCUGUGCUUGUGCAUACCGCGCAUCAUGCUGUAUAUGAUGGGUGGAGUGAAGCUAGCAUGUUUGCUGAAGCCGAGGCCAUCUACCGUCAUGGUUUGUCUUCGCUGCCUCCAGUCACCCCGUACAAUCAAUUCAUUCACUACCUGACUACUACCGUUGAUCCCGCUGCCUGUGAAGCCUUCUGGCGCACACAGCUGGACGGCGAUCUCCCUGCCCUUUUCCCUGCCCCUUUCCCCGCUGUAACUGCUUCAGCUGCCACUCCCCGUCCCAACCGCUCCCUCUCCUAUCGAAUUGACCUUACCCGCACUCCUUCUACCCCCUAUUCCACUCCUACAAUUCUCAAAGCCGCCUGGUCUCUAUUACUGGCUCGGUACACCACCUCCGAUGACGUCCUAUUCGGUCAUGUCUUGUCAGGCCGGACCAUCCCGCUCCCGGGCGUGGCGGAGAUGAUGGGCCCGACCAUUGCUACCGUGCCAGUGCGUGUGCAGCUCUCUCGGGCAGAGAGCAUUGAUGCUUUCCUCCGUCGCCUCAGAGACCAGGCUCAGGCGAUGGCUCCCUUCGAACAGAUUGGACUCCAACAUCUUCGUCGUCUCGCCGCCGAGCCGAUUGACCUUGGCCAUCUUUUCUUUAUCCAGCCCAGUCUUGACUCCUCUGACGAGGAAUUGGGCCUGGAGCCUGUCACAGCGACUGACUACGAGUUUGAGACAUACCCCUUGAUCGUAGAGUGCCAACUGGGCGCCACCACCGAUGAUGACAAGCUUAUUGUGGAGGUGAAAUACGACGACACUCGCAUUGCCCCGACGCAAAUGAGCUGGCUGCUCCAGCACUUUGAGAUGCUGGUUCACCAGCUCUGCGAGCGGCCAUCGUCCACGCCCUUGUCGGAUCUCACGCUGACGGGGUCAGCCAAUCUGCUUCAACUGCAGCAGUGGAUGGGAUCUCCUGUGGCCCCAUUGGCAACAACACUCCAUGAGCAAUUCAGAGCCCAGGCGCAGGCCCAUCCGGACCGGGUUGCCAUUGCCGGCUGGGAUGGCUCUCUUACCUACCGUGAAUUAGAAGAUUUUUCUACGCGGUUCGCUCGUGAUCUCGUCGCUUUGAACCUUCGCCCUGGUACCCCCGUGGGUGUAGUGUUUGAUAAAUCCUGCUGGGCCGUUGUCGCCCUCCUGACUGUGCUGACCGCGGGUGGUGCCUGUAUUCACCUGGACCCUCAGCAUCCCAUGACACGAUUGACUGAGAUCGUUGCCGAUACCGGGCUGCAGCAUAUUCUCGCUGCGCCCCAGUAUGCUUCUCACCCAGUCCAGCGGCUACCUGUGCGCCAUGUGCUCGUGGUGGAUGCCACCACUGCACGCAAACGGCCAUCCCGUUCCUUCGCGGCCGCCAGUCUUCCUCGUCUGCCGGUUGUCGAACCCACCUCCCCUGCCUAUAUGACCUUCACCUCGGGCAGUACCGGCAAGCCAAAGACUGUGGUCAUUGACCAUCGCGCCAUUUGCACCAGUAUCGACGCCUUCACCUCGGCGCUGCACCUCAAGGCGGAGUCCCGGGUCCUGCAGUUUGCCGCGUACACCUUCGACAUCAGCUAUGCUGAAAUCUUCGCCCCGCUCCUGUUGGGAGGAACGGUCUGUGUGCUCUCUAAUGCGGACCGCCUCAAUGACCUGGCCGGUGCCAUGAAGCGACUGGGUGUCAACUGGGCCUGUCUUACGCCCACGGUUGCCAGUCUCGUGCAACCAGCCGAGGUGGCCUCGUUGCUACAGACCCUUGUCCUGAGUGGCGAAGCGCCCACCGAGGAGAAUCUGCGCACCUGGGCCGGUCAAGUUCCCAACCUAAUCAACGCCUAUGGUCCUAGUGAAGCGUCUGUUUGGUGCGCUGCUGGUCCCUUCACGCGUCCGGAUGAUAGCUGCACUGAUAUCGGCGUGCCGGUUGGGUGUCGCCUGUGGAUUGCUGAGCCGGACAACUUGCACCGUCUCACCCCCUUGGGCUGUGUUGGUGAACUGCUCGUCGAGGGUCCCAUCAUGGCUCAAGGCUAUCUCAACAAUACCCCCGCAACUCGCGCCGCAUUCCUUAGCGAUCUGGCCUGGAUGAAGGAGGUGCAGCCCCAGCCUCUCCCUGGCUUCAAUCGCGUCUACCGCACCGGUGAUCUGGCGCGUUACCUGCCCGGCGGUCGCAUCCAGUAUCUCGGUCGCGCCGACACUCAGAUUAAGGUCUACGGGCGGCGCAUCGAGCCCCGUGAGAUUGAGCAUCACAUCCAGACUCACCUGCCUGACACUCACACCAUGGUCGACAGUGUGACUCUGGUCAACCGUGGCAACCAGAAGGUGCUGGUGGCCUACCUUUUCCAGGAAUCCGGUCCCAUGCCGGACAUGGAGCUGGCCGUGCUGGCACGGCCUCUCACGCCGGCGCUGCAGGAGACGCUUCUCGGCCUGCAGGCGGCCCUGCGCGCCCAGUUACCACACUACAUGCUGCCCGCCCUCUUUGUUCCCCUGCAGCUUUUGCCCACCAGUGCCGCCGGCAAGACUGACCGCAAGCUGCUCGGCCGGGUAGUGAACGCCAUGUCUGAGUCUCAACGCGAGAGCUAUGCCCUACAAUCCCUUUCCCGUGCGGCCAAACGCCCGCUCACCUCAGCCUUGGAGCGCCAGCUGGCAGAUCUCUGGGCCACCGCGCUCGGAAUUGAUGUCACCUCCAUCGGGGCAGACGAUAGCUUCUUCGGUCUCGGCGGUGACUCCAUGGUUGCCAUGAAGGUGGCCAGUCUCGCCCGUGCCGCUCAGCUGAGCUUGACCGUUGCUGAUCUCUUCAACCAUCCCGUUCUCGCCAGUCUCGCGGCUCAACUCUCCACUGCCGCUUUCCAGGAUGUCUCGAUCGCGACCCAGGAUGGAGCACGAACCCUGACAACCAACCCUGUGCUGGACCUGGCCUUGGCAGCGGCCCUCGCUCCUCAAGUGGGCGUUGAUGUUAGCAGCAUCGCCGCGAUUGCAACGACCACCGCCUUCCAGGACCAUGCUCUGGUCGGUCAUCUGACCGAGUCUCGCUGGAUGCUGAACUUCUUCUACUUUGAUGGUUCUUCGCCCUCCCUCGGCAGCUCAAAUACCGAGCUGGAGCAACGUCUCCGCCGGGGCUGUGACGUUCUGGUCCAGCAGUUCGACAUUCUCCGAACCGUCUUCGCGUCGCAUGCGGGCCGGUUCUGGCAGGUCGUGCUACACCAGCUGACGCCUCAAUUCCGCGUCGAUACCACCUCCGACCUCGAUACCUUCACCAAGCAGCUGUACGCCGAUGGUCUCAAGGCCGAGAACUUCCGGCUCUCCGAGCCUUUCGUGCAAUUCGUGCUGGCUGUGCAACCGGAUGGAAAGCACCGCCUGUUGAUGCGCCUGUCCCACGCGCAAUAUGAUGGUGUCUCGUUGCCAACACUCUGGGAUGCCCUGCAGCGCGCCUGCCAGGGCGAGAAUGCUUCUUUCCUCCCCCCUGCACCUUUAUUCCAAGAAUUCCUCCACACCGGUUCGACGUCCUCGGCUGCCACAUUGGCGCACUGGAAGAGUUUCCUGUCUGGUGCUCCGGAAACCCGCUUCGUCACCUACAGCAAGCCCGCACUCCACGACGCAUCCCGUGCGCAAGUCCUGCAAGUCACCCGCCGCGGCAUCCCUCUGGUGUCCAUGCACGACAAGAGCAUCACUCCGGCGACGGUGAUCAAAGCCGCCUGGGCCGUGCUCCUCGCCCGUCUCGCCGGCUCGACCGAUGUCACCUUCGGCCACACCGUCGCCAACCGCAGCAACAGCCCACUCCCCGGAGUCGACAAGGUGGUCGGCCCGUGUCUGAACGUGGUCCCCAUCCGCGCGCGUCUGCACGCGGGUCAAACCGUCCUCGAGCUUCUGCAGGCGCUACAGCAGCAGCAGAUCGCCAACAUGCCCCACGAGUCCAUGGGCUUCCGGGAAAUCAUCCGGGACGCCACCCACUGGCCGCACUGGACGCAUUUCAGCAGUGUGGUCCAGCAUCAGAACAUUGAUGCGGUGGACGACGCCGAACUGGUGCUGCUGGGUGAUGCGACGGAUUUCACUGCCUACACCCCUGGUUUCCUGGGCGCCGAGCUUGAUCUAGUGGAUGUUUCCAUCCUCUCGACCCCGGUGCCUGCUGCCCGCGGCACGACUGUCGUCAACCUGGAUCUGGUCACCUCCACGGCGGUAAUGGCCCCCUUCGCGGCGGAGUUGUUGCUCGAUCAGCUGGUCAGUUUGCUGCGGAGCUGGGCGGCGUUGCCGGUUGAGAAGAUGCUGGCCUAUGCGGCGGGCGAUGAGAGUCUGCCGGCUUUGCUUCCUCUCGCGGCGUAUACUGACGAUGUGGUGGAGAUCGAGGUCCCAUCAACAUCGGAUGACUUGACCAAGAUUCGGGUCGUCCAAGAAGCCGUGCAGCGGGCGUGGCGGUCGGUGUUGCCUGGGGUUGACGCGGUGGAUGAUUUGACUCAUGAUCUUGACUUCUUCGCUGCGGGCGGUGAUCUGGUGCAGAUGGCACAAUUACUGACUCUGCUGCAGGCGGAUGAUGAGCUGAAGGCUGCGCGCGGAGUGAGGUUGGAGGCUUUGGUCAAGUGUUCGUCGAGAGAGAAGAUGGUGCGGCUGUUGCUGUAG